AUGUCUGAACUCAAGGACUUCGACCGGAUGUUCCGCCUUGAUGGCAAGGUAGCGUUAAUAACGGGUGGAUCGAGAGGACUUGGGCUUCAUGCAGCGACUGCGUUCCUCUUGGCAGGUGCAAAAAAGGUCUUUAUCUCUGCGCGUAAAAAUGAAGGGGAACAAGGCAUCGACCAAGCCGUUGAGAAACUCAACAAAUUGCCUGUCUCAGGAGUUGCAGUUGGAAUUGCAGCCAAUGUCGCCGACACCGAAGACAUUGAGAGAUUGGUGAAGGAGAUCAGCAAAACGGAUCAACAGUUGGAUAUCCUUGUUGCCAACGCGGGCGCAACGUACGGCGGACCGUUUGAUACAACGCCAGAUUGGUCAAGUAAGAAGGUUUUGGACCUCAAUGUCCGCGGGGUAUUUAAUCUGGCAAGGCUCUUCGCACCUCUCCUAGAACGCGCUGGCACUCAUGCCUCGCCUUCUCGCAUAAUCAUCGUCUCUUCUACAGCUGGAACGACCGUACCUCACGUAGGCGACAACGGCACAAUCAUGUAUAGUGCUUCCAAAGCAGCCGCGAACCAUCUAUCGCGACAGCUAGCGAUUGAGUUGGGCCCAAGAAACAUCACGACAAAUACCGUCGCACCUGGCUUCUUCCCUUCCAAGCUUGCUAAUGGCCUGAUCAAAAACCUCGGAGGACAGGAGGAGCUAGAGCAGAGUAACCCGCGAAAGCGGCUGGGAGAACCAAACGACAUUGCUGGAGUGAUGGUGUUUCUGUGCAGCCCAGCAGGAGCGUACAUUAACGGAGAAGACAUUGCCGUAGACGGCGGCAUGAGACUUGCAAGCGGAAGACAUUCAAAGAUAUAA